UGUUAAGGAUUCUUACAGGUUACAAAAAUGGCAUUUUCGUUGCUGGUCGUAAACAGUAAAACCUAAAAAGCUCCAAUACAGCGGGACCCCAUUUUAAGAGUGUGGAGAGGGGCUGUCUUGCGGAUCUGGACACAAGCAAUUCCAAUGUUUGUUUCCAUGUAAAUAUCCACGCUUUGCACAAGUCUGGCUCUGAGAUUUGGAGGGUGCUGUUAAAUUAAGUCGUGAAAGCCGCCAGGAGAAUCCGCAAAGGAAAGGAUCAUUGUAACUUUGAAAAGUUGAAUACAACAUGCUAUCUGUUUGGAUCCUGACUUUCAAAUCCACCCCUCUCUCUGUCUCUUCCCCCACCCCUGCGGAUCAGAGAGGACUGCAUGAGAAGAACAUUUGUCAUUUGCAGGGAACUGGCUGCUCACAGCUAACGGGACUCCCGCCUCCACCGCAUGCCCUUACAUUCAGCUAUUAGUUGGAUAUUGAUCCGCUUUGCAAUUUGCCAGGCUCAGACUGCAAACCGGCCGGCGGGCCGUGCGAUAAACCAUGCCACCAAUGCUUUCCGCCACUAACUCAACAAAACAUUACGCCAUUAAUUGAUACAUUUCCGUACGGCAAGCGAGAGAGCUCAGUCAGCAGCACAUGGCUCGGCUCCAGUAAACAGCAGCAGCAGCAGCAUCUGAGAAAAGACUGCGUUUGUUUCCUCAAGUCGGUUGUCUCGCAGAAGGCAUCACCAGAGUACCAAGUACAUCUGAACUGAUUUCCAGCCCCCCUCCCCUCCCCACCCCCUCCACACAGGCACAGCAAGCUGUGGCGGGAUUUCCCCGGAGCUGGUAUAUUGACAAUUUCUGUGUUAUUUCAAGAAAGGGAGCAGCACUGUUCUAAACAGGCGGGUGUACAGCAAAACCCUUACCCGGCCGAGAUGACAGCGGAGAAAGCGAUUCCUAUAAUCAAUGGGAAGCCAGACGAUGCGAUGGACACCGAGGCAUCGAACGUCAAUUUAGUUCGUACCAACGACAAGAAAGUGUCAGACAGAGGCCAAUGGAAUAACAAAAUCGAAUUUGUCUUGUCUGUGGCUGGGGAGAUCAUUGGAUUAGGAAAUGUGUGGCGAUUCCCAUACCUCUGUUACAAGAACGGAGGCGGGGCCUUUCUUAUUCCAUAUGUGAUAUUUUUCAUCGGCUGCGGCAUACCGGUGUUUUUCCUGGAGACGGCACUGGGCCAGUAUACCAGCGAGGGAGGAAUAACGUGCUGGCGGAAAGUUUGUCCGCUUUUUGAAGGUAUCGGGUAUGCUACUCAAGUGAUUGAAGCACAUUUGAAUGUGUUUUAUAUCAUUGUUUUGGCCUGGGCCAUAUUUUACCUGUUCAACUGCUUUACAACUGAACUCCCUUGGGCUACCUGUGGACAUACUUGGAACACAGGAAACUGUGUAGAGUUUCAGAAGCUGAAUUCCACCAACUGUAGUCACACAGCUGUGCCAAAUGCAACUUCACCUGUCAUUGAGUUCUGGGAACGUAGAGUGCUUGGAUUAUCAAGUGGAAUUGACCACAUUGGAAGCGUACGAUGGGAACUGGCUCUUUGUCUUCUUGCUGCUUGGAUUAUCUGUUAUUUCUGCAUUUGGAAGGGACCAAAGUCCACUGGAAAGGUGGUGUAUGUAACAGCAACAUUCCCCUAUCUGAUGCUGCUGGUUUUAUUGAUUCGAGGAGUGACUCUACCUGGAGCUGGAGAGGGAAUAAAGUUUUACCUUUACCCAGACAUCUCACGUCUGUCGGAUCCUCAGGUCUGGCUGGAUGCUGGCACCCAGAUUUUCUUCUCAUAUGCAAUUUGCCUUGGAUGUUUGACUGCAUUAGGAAGCUAUAAUCCCUAUCAUAACAAUUGUUACAGGGAUUGUGUAAUGCUAUGCUGCCUCAACAGUGGCACCAGCUUUGUUGCUGGUUUUGCUAUUUUCUCUGUGUUAGGAUUCAUGGCUUUUGAACAAGGAGUGCCAAUAGCAGAAGUAGCUGAAUCAGGUCCUGGUCUGACAUUUAUUGCUUAUCCGAAAGCUGUCACAAUGAUGCCUCUUGCACCACUGUGGGCUGUUCUUUUCUUUUUGAUGCUCAUUUUCCUUGGACUGGACAGUCAGUUUGUCUGCAUGGAAAGUCUGGUAACAGCUAUAAUAGACAUGUAUCCUAAGGUAUUCCGUGUAGGAUACAGAAGAGAACAGCUGAUUUGCAUUAUUGCAAUUGUGUCAUAUUUGAUUGGAUUAAUAAUGGUAACAGAGGGAGGAAUGUACGUUUUCCAGCUCUUCGAUGCAUAUGCUUCAAGUGGCAUGUGUCUUCUCUUUGUGGCCAUUUUUGAGUGCAUUUGUAUAGGAUGGGCCUAUGGAAGCAAUAGAUUCUAUGACAAUAUUGAAGACAUGAUUGGGUACAGGCCAUUCAUUUUAAUUAAAUGGUGCUGGAAUUUCAUCACUCCUGGUAUAUGUUCAGCAAUUUUCAUUUUCUUCAUUGUGAGAUAUAAACCACUUAAAUAUAACAACACCUAUGUCUAUCCAGACUGGGGUUACGCUCUAGGAUGGGCUCUGGCUCUUUCUUCCAUGAUUUGUAUACCUCUAGGAUUUAUCUUCAAACUAUGGAACACUGAAGGAACUUUUCUACAGAGAAUUAAAAAGCUUACAACUCCCAGUCCAGACUUACGACGAAAAGGAGUGGGAUCGUCCCAUAUGGAGACAUGCUGUAGCACAAUUAAUGACUAUGACAGUAAACUUAAAGGUGAUGGACGCAUUCCUGCCAUCACAGAGAAGGAGACACACUUCUGAAGAAAUUCCCCGGUCUCUUUUUUUUAAAAAAAGGUACAAGGAAGCAAGAUGAUAUACUUAAUUAUAGAGGCCUGCUUGUUUUGCACAAACCUUAUUAUUAACAUGUUAAUUCAAAAUUAAGCAUUAUAUCCUUGUUUUAAAAGUGACUUUUUAAUGAUUGUGUAAGUAACUGAUUAUAUAUAGUACUUGAUAUUAGUGAGCCCAUGUAAUAGUGUGACACUGGUAAAUAUUUUAUAGAAAUUCUAGUCUGGAAUCAAUGUAUAAUGUGUUGUAAAACUUUUCUACUUGGAACUCUUUUUCAUUAUGGAAGGCACAGUGUUUAUUAGACAUUCUUGCUCAUCUGUGAGUAUGAAAAAGGCCAUUCCAAGUCAUACUGCAUGUUUGUGGAGUCAUUAUUUUUGAGCCUCCUACCUAUAUUCAUUUGGUAGGUACAACAAAAGCCUCCGAUGUUAAGGAGGCACAUUAAAUACAGUACUUCAGCUGUCACUUCUGAAUCAUUUUUGAUGGAAUUUAUUAUUUAAAAUCUUUUAAAUUUACAAUAUUUCUAUAGAUGCGACUUUCGUCACUUGUAUAUUUUCCCUAACCAAAGUCCCUUAUGCAUACAUAUUUGAUUGGUGAGGUCCAAAAUACAUUACUAAAGCUCUCUGCUUGUAAAUGUCUGCUAUUGAUAUUGAAUAACCUACUACUGAUACCUUUAAAAAAAAUUUCAACUUUCCUGUUAUUUUCUCAGACAAAUAUUCAAGAAAUUUUUGGGGGGGUAAUUGGAUCUUUUUAGUUUCUGUGAAGAUGUUUUUGGUACAUAGUAAGGUUAAGUAAUCAUCCCUUUUAAAAAAGAAUUUGCAGUAUUAGGUUUGGUGCCAAGUUUUUUCACACACUGGAGAGUUCUGUGGCACAAAAUAUUAAUCUCUGCUUAGUCAUCAUUUUUAAAGAUAAAAAUAAAAUUAUCAAUUUACCUCAAAGCUGUUCACUUUUUUUAUGGAAUUGAUAUCUAGCCUGGAGCUAUGGAACAGAAAGGUAUCGUUAUAUGUGUUGCUGCAAAUAAUAUUUCAAAGGAGAUCAAAAAUCAAGAAAUCAGAGAUCAAUGUCAUUCCUGUGUAAAGUAGAUGUAAGCUGCUUGAGGGUGCUGGAAUCAGAAUGCAGUCUUUAAACAGCUCAGUCUAAAUAGUUCAACUGCUUACCGGGAUCAACGAAUUUGGGAAGGAACAGAGUUUGACUCACUUAUUUGCUCCCCCACAUAAUUUCACGACAUCUGUCAUCUGUUUUCCUCUGUUAAAAGUGUCUUAAGUAGGACCAUCUGGAUUGAAUACCAAAAAAGGGCAGGAUGGAUGAUACAGGUUUUCCUGAUGCAAACCUCAGCUAUCUCCUUGAGAAAGUUAAAUGAAAGGAUACAACGUUCCUUGGUGUCCAAAGCAACAAGCGGCCCAGGAAAGAUCCUUAUUAUACCUUAGAGGUUGGUGGCAUUGAUGCCAAAUGCCAGCCCUCUUACUCCAGGACUAUUGCAAUACAUUUCAUUUGUGCAUAAAAUUAACUCCCUUAUGUCUUUCUUAUACACCUGAGCACUAUUAAAGUAAUACUUGUACAAUUAAAUCUUCACAAUGUAACAUAGGGAAGUAGGUGUUGCAAUUCAGCAGUUUGUGCUAUCCUUAUCCAGCUACACUAGUGGGAAUCACUUACAGGCACAUUACAAAUGCUCCUCCCUCCACAUCAUCUGACUCAAACCCCAAUAUUCUUACUUUUCUGUCUCCCAUGUCACUUGUCACCAAUUUCUCAAUUGCCAUCCUUCCCUUCAUUUACCUUAUCCCCUUGCUGGAGACUUGAAGACGUAAAACUGAACAAGGACAGAUCACUUCAGACAAGCCCAGAUCGACCCUGCCUGUCCUUCCUCAGACUUAUCCCCUCCUCACACCUCAACUUCACAAGCUUCAAAAUCUCCCCUUCCCCUACCGCAUCCCAAAACCAGCCCAGCUCAUCCCCACCUUUCUAACCUACCCCCUAAUCCCACCUCAAGCCCCACCAACAUCUCCUACCUACUAACCUCAUCCCACCCCUUUGACCUGUCCAUCCUCCCUGGACAGACCUAUCUCCUCCCUACCUCCCCACCUACACUCACCUUUACUGGCUCCAUUCCCACUUUUUUCCUUGACUGGUCUAUCUCCUCUCCACCUAUCUUCUCCUCUAUCCAUCUUCUAGCCGCCUCCCCCUCCCUCCCUAUUUAUUUCAGAACCCCCUUCCCCUCCCCCAUUUCUGAAGAAGGGUCUAGGCCCGAAAUGUUAGCUUUCCUGCUCCUAUGAUGCUGCUUGCUCAUGCUGUGUCCAUCCAGCUCUACACCUUGUUAUCUCAGAUUCUCCAGCAUCUGCAGUUCCUACUAUCUCUCAUUUCAGUCAUAUUUCCACCUUAAACCACCUAAUCUCACACAAUGAAUAUGAUGGAUCUCAUCAAGAGUAACUCUGUUCUUGCCACAAAAUGUUGGUGGCACAAUGCCAGAGCCAGGAUAGUGACUUAAUAUCCAAGUUGUCAGUUUGCUAUCUCUAUAACAGGAGACUUUACCUCAUGGUUAAUUUUGAUGGCGAAUGAUAGCAGAUUGAAAUACACCCAGGGAUCCUGGGCAAAAAUCUCCUGUUUCAUGUUCCACUGUCAUAGGUUCUCCAUUCAGAAUAAGACCUGCAUUAUUUGCUUUUUUAGCUGUCAGUCAGUGGAAUGUGAUAACAUUUAGUGAAUAUGUGGCACUGGUUUAUAUAUAGAUAUAACAGGGAUUGGGAAAUGAGUGAGGAUGUUUCUAUUAGAGCUGAAUUUAUGGCUUUGGAGACAGUGGUCUCCAGAGUUCAUAGCUUUUCACCUCAAAGCAAGUUCAAAGAAGCAUCACAGCAACGUUCGGGCUAGAGAUUGGUCAGUCAAGCAUGAGCAACAACUGCCAUGUGAAAUUCUAGUCACCAACUCUCCUUGGCUGCAGCGGGAGAGAGAUCUUUUUCGUUUCAGGUACCAAGGCAGUGUGUGAUAAACUGCUUGGAAGCUAGACUGUUCGAGAUCCUGGAGGAUUAUUGGACAUACUGGGAGUUUACAGUCCAGGGCCAAACUUCUUUUUAUUGUACAAUAGACUUCCCAAGAUAAACAGGAUGGCUUUGAAAGUUGUACUUUGACCAUUUAUGUUUCAUAGCCUAACAUCUUAUAAGUGAUCUUGCAGGAAAAUAAGUGGCAGUUAUGUCAUGAAGCCUCAUUUGAGAAAAGUAGUUUUGGAAUAAGCAUUUACAACAGUUUAAAUGUAUUGACAGUUUUCAGAUGAUUUGUGAAUUAACACGUCAUGAGACCUUAUCUGUGACAUGAACCUUUGAUGUAGAUGUAAAAUUCUUAUGUAUAAAGAAACAGAGUUUUCAAUAGUUUUCAGCAAGCUCAAGAGAUAUGGAAAGCGAACAGCUGCUGUUUCUUGCGUUGUAUAACAAUAAACAAUGUUCCAUUGACUCUG